UGCGGCCCCCGCGCGCACCCACGCCUGCCUGCUCUACUUUCUCCGUGCUGCCGCCACCGCCUUCCCCCAAACAGGCGGAACGCAAGCGGCACCCAUUUCAAACUCAACUGGGGUCUUCCUUCUUCCCAGUUCCCACGCCGAGAGAGAGAGAGAGAGACGCCACGACGUUUCAAAAAUCUCGUGGCAACGGUCGCCUAACGCAUGUAGUAUAGGAGUACGUAGCAGCAGUGCAAAAUCUGUAGCAAGUGUCACGCUCAGCGCACACCACACAAGGCGAGGCGAGUCUAAAGUCUCUCUUGACCCUUCUUUUGUCCGCGCCGCAAAUGCGAUGCAUUGGCAUAUGGCCUAGCCGAGUGGCUCAGCAGUGGCUUUUCUCUAUUUAGAGGCCCGCGACGACGCGACCGUGUCGGCGAGGGAGAGAGCAGGAGCAGCCAGCCACAACCACCCAACACAGCUCCCUCUCGCGGCGAUGGCGGCCGUGCCGUGGGUGGCAGCGGCGGUGAGGAGGUCGAUGCAGGAGGCCGCCGCCGGCGCCGGAGCCGUGUCGUACGCGCAGGCGCAGCAGGGGAGCCCCGCGGCGCCCGGGCCGCGGUCCACGGCGAGGUCGGUGGAGACGCUGGUGGUGAUCGUGGCGGCGAUCGUGCUCGUCGCGGUGCUCGCGGGCGUCGUCGCGCGGGCGUGCGGGGGACGCCACGUGGCGCCGAGCGGGGACCGCGACGUCGAGGGGUGGGUGGAGCGGCGGUGCCGGAGCUGCCUCGACAGCGGGCUGCCGCCGCCGCCGGCGACGGCCCAGCAGCCGCAGGGAUCGUCAAAGGCGAGUGACGCCAAAUAGAGGCCCAGAGCUCCUGCAAUUUGUGUCAGAUUCUUGUAGCGGUAGGCCAGCAGUAGCGUGGUUAUACGGGGUAUUAGCGUAAUGAUUAGAUUAUGUAGCAAUAUGAACAUGCUAAAAUAGCUGCUCUUUUUGUCCAGUAGAUCACGAGGUUAGGAUCUCUAAAUUAACGUUUACGGUAAGAUUUUGGUUAUGAUACAGCAUUAUGUAAACUUAUUAAGUUUAGGGUUAAUUAAACUUGAAUGGAUGGUACAUGUGCGUUUCACUGUUUCAUAUA